UGGAAUAGGAUGACAAAUGAACUACAUUACAUGUUACUGACAUGAUUAUUGUUGCGCUUUCCCUCUGAAUAUAUAUGUUCAGUGCAUGAUUAGCUGUACAGAAGCAUCUUCAGUGCUGAUUUUGUUCUUCCUUUAACUUUAAAAGAUGAGUCUAAGACAUCUCAAUCCCAAACAAUCACUGGUUGUCCUCUUUUUAGCCUUGACAGAGUCGACUUUUUGGCGCUGGUUGUGAAAACCUUUUAUCUUGAGGGGACCUUGGGGGAAAGGAGGUGGAGAGCAGGUUGGGGCGUACCCAGGGCCUCGGUCAAGAUAGGGUUUCCUCAACUCAUGAUCAUGUAUAAUUCAGCCCAGGAGGCUGCGGAUCACCUGGAGAGAGCCACACACACAAAAAAGAAAGGGUCUGAAGUCACAAAGAACCCAAGGAGGAAGAGAAGAGGACAAAGAAGAAGGAAGAAAGAGGCAGGCAGACUAUGCAGGAGGUGGUGAAGAAACGGCCGAUAAUCUCUGCUAGAGAAAGAGGCCCGGGCCCUGGACGCUACGCUCUGCCCCCUACAGUUGGAUACAUCAACCAUGACUUCACCAAGCCCAGCAGCCCUGCCUACUCCUUCCACAGCCGCAUGAGCAGUGCCAUGGUCUCUGUGGACUCCAGCCCAGGACCAAGGUACCACAUUGAUGCCAAUGUUACCCGGUUUGGCCGGAUGGAAACUCCCUCCUACUCCAUUUUGGGCAGAGGAAGGCGCACGGGGAAUAAAGGUGAGCUGUUCCAGACUCCAGGGCCGGGAGCCUACAGUCCAGAGAAGGCUCCACCUCUCAACGCUCACCACAGACCACCAUCCUACACCAUCGGCACCCGCACCAGAUACCGCUCUGUGGAUGCUGUACCAGCACCCAACAGCUACAGUCUUCCUAAUCUGCUGGGCUGCCAGGUUCCUAAUAAACCCUCCAGUGCCAGCUACAGCUUCUCAGGCCGGAGGAAGGUCGGCGCACCCUCCGAAGACCUCUCCAUGAGUCCUGGACCAGCAAAAUACAACAGCAUCAACCCAGACAUUUACCGCCAGCGCCAGCCCUCCUUCACCAUGCAGAGCCGGACUAAGAGGCCUAAUUAUUCCUCUGCUAUUCCCGGCCCUGGCACGUACAGCCCAGAGAAGUUUCACGUGCACCUCCCCAAACCACCGUCUUUCACUCUGGGUGUCAGACACUCUGAGUUUGUCACCCCACUCGUGGUGGAUGUCGUUGACUGA